AGUGGCAGUGGCCGGCUAACGCGCACACUGGGAGAGAGUGAGUUUGAGAGAACGGGUCCAAGCUAUCAUUGGUAUUCCGUCCUCCCAUUCACCCACGUGAAGUUAAGACGGGGACUGACUGAGGCAAACGCAGCGCUGCAGAGCUCGCAGGCUGCAAGCAGGGAAGGGGAGAGUGAGAAAGGGAAGGGAAGGGAGACAGAGAGGGGGAGGAGGCUGUGUGUGUGUGUACGGUUGGCAGGUAACAGCCACAUUGACUCUCACUGCAGCGCUCCCGGGAGGGAGCAGAGGAAGAAGGGAGAGAGUCAGUGACAGCUCGAUCAUUCCUCCUCCUGUUUCUCACUUCCCUCAUGCGGUGGAACGAUGCCAUGGAGCUCGGGAUGAGCUUGGAUUGGGAUGCAGUGACCGCUGCGAUCUGCUGCUUAUGAUGCCCGGGAGAGGCAGCGAACAACCUUGAAAACAGGCUACUUCGGAGAUUCAGGCAGCCAGUCCCCGAACUUCGCAAAUCCGCCACCUCCUUUAUCAUUAGAUCCAACGUUUUGUUUUAUUUUGAGUGUGAAGUGGCAGAGAGAGAAGGCAACUAUCGGUUUGGAGGUUUUCUGGUAUUUGACAUCAGGAUGAUUCAAUCGCUGGCCAUCUCAGUCAUCUACUGGCUAGUUCUUUUAUGAUAUUCGAGGCUAGAUCGGUUUAAUUCUUCGCUUAAUGCAGCAAGGUCAGAAGUCACACAGCAGCAAAUGGUGUGAGUGGAGUGUCAUGCAGCAAGAUUUUCGCAAGCAAUUCUCCCGAGAAGCAAGUGCACAAAGUGUGGUUGCCAGUGGCUGUAUAAAAUUUUGAAUGCGGAAAACAACUGAGAGUUCAUCUCAUGAAAAAAGAAUCCCUGAGUGCUUCGAAAGCCAGUGAAGCGAGCAGUAAGUAGGAAGUGAAGUGGGGGAGGAAUCUUAAAGACCAAGGCAAACAGAACGCUGUUUAGAAGGCCUGAAGAAAGCAAGCAACAAGAUUGUCAUUUGCCAAUGAUUCUUCAGCCCACAGAGCACAUCUGGUGAAUUCAAAUUGAAGCAGAGAGGUUGACUGAGCUCAGACUUUUCUCUCUGGGGAGAAGGAGGAAGAGAGGUGACCUGAUCGAGGUGUACAAGGUCUUCCCACAGCCAAAAGAGGUGUUCGAUAUUGCCGUUAUUUAAAAAGUUGUUAUGACAUUACCUGCCAUUGAAAAUCUGAAGUUUCCACCUACGCUUGAAGGAAGCAGCCAUUACAAGGAGUAAAGAUUUCAUUGCAAUUUGAUACAAUGGAGAGGCUACUGGUCUGUAUCAAAGAACAGUUCAGAGUCAACCAGAUUACUGCGGAUCUGGAGUCACCUGGGCAAGAUCAGGUUACAAUAAUAAAUUGAACUCAAGAAAACAAACAUCCAAUAAAGUAUGAAUGUUGAACAAGAUGACAUUGCAUCCACAGCAGAUGAUGAUAGGUCCAAAGUUUAACAGGGCCGUACUCGACCCCUUAUUUGUGCUGCUGUUGGCUCUACAACUCCUCGUGGUGGCCGGUUUGGUCCGAGCUCAGACUUGUCCUUCAGUGUGCUCCUGCAGCAACCAGUUCAGCAAAGUGAUCUGCACACGACGGAACUUGAGGGAAGUACCAGACAGCAUCUCCAUCAACACACGCUAUUUGAACCUGCAAGAGAACGGGAUCCAAGUCAUCAAAGCAGACAGCUUCAAGCAUUUAAGGCACCUAGAGAUUCUACAGUUAAGUAAGAACCACAUCCGGCAAAUUGAGGUUGGGGCCUUCAAUGGCCUAACAAAUCUCAACACCCUGGAGCUGUUCGACAACCGCCUCUCCACCAUUCCCAGUGGAGCUUUCGAAUACCUCUCCAAACUGAAGGAACUGUGGUUGAGGAACAAUCCAAUAGAAAGCAUACCAUCAUAUGCUUUCAAUCGAGUUCCUUCCCUUCGGAGGUUAGACUUAGGUGAACUAAAGAGACUUGAAUACAUUUCUGAUAGAGCUUUUGAAGGUCUGUCAAACUUAAGAUAUCUGAACCUCGGUAUGUGUAAUCUUCGGGAAAUCCCAAACCUCAUGCCUCUGACCAAACUGGAGGAACUGGAACUAUCAGGGAAUCGGCUUUCGCUAAUCCGACCGGGAUCCUUUCAGGGUUUGACCAACCUGCAGAAGCUGUGGAUGAUGCACGCUCAGAUCCAGGUGAUUGAGAGGAAUGCCUUCGAUGACCUUCAGUCACUAAUAGAGCUUAAUCUGGCACACAACAACCUGACUUUGCUGCCUCAUGACCUCUUCACCCCCCUCCACCACCUGGAGCGAGUCCACUUGCAUCACAACCCGUGGAACUGUAAUUGCGACAUUUUGUGGCUGAGUUGGUGGCUGAAGGAGAUAGUGCCAUCCAACACAACAUGUUGCGCGCGCUGCCAUGCUCCCCCGAGUUUAAAAGGGAAUUAUAUUGGCGAACUGGACCAGAACAAAUUCAACUGCUAUGCUCCAGUCAUUGUCGAGGCUCCCACUGACCUCAACCUGACAGAGGGAAUGGCUGCAGAACUAAAGUGUCGCGCAUCAACCUCCAUGACUUCAGUGAGCUGGAUUACUCCAAAUGGCACAAUCAUGACCCAUGGAGCUUACAAAGUCCGGAUUUCUGUGCUUAAUGACGGCACAUUAAAUUUUACAAAUGUUACUGCCCAGGACACGGGGUUGUACACAUGUUUGGUGAGUAAUUCAGCAGGGAACACGACAGCUUCAGCUACGUUGAAUGUGACUGCUACAGAAAACAGCACCUUCACUUAUUUCACUACUGUCACCGUGGAGACUAUGGAGCCAUCUGUACAGGUACACACGACAGAUGACAGAUUUAGACCUACACCUUUCAGUGACUGGGAUACUACAUUCGUGACAACGUCCUUAACUCCUCGGAGUACAAAGUCGACGGAAAAAACAGUCACAGUUGCUAUUACUGAUGCAGGAGGGAAUCUCAUGCCAGGCUUGGAUGAGGUGAUGAAAACUACAAAGAUUAUUAUUGGUUGCUUUGUGGCUAUCACACUGAUGGCAGCUGUGAUGUUAAUCAUUUUUUACAAAAUGCGUAAACAGCAUCACCAUCAGAAUCAUCAUGCCCCCACCAGGACCGUCGAGAUCAUCAAUGUAGGUGAUGACAUCGCAGGAAGUACUGCCAUGGAGAGUCACCUGACCAUACCCGCUAUAGAGCAUGAGCAUAUGAACCACUAUAACUCUUAUAAAACUCCGUUCAACCACAGCACCACAGUAAACACAAUAAAUUCACUACACAGUUCUGUGCAUGAUCCAUUACUGAUGCGAGUGAACUCUAAGGACAAUGUGCAAGAGACACAAAUAUGAGUUGGGGGGGGACACACAAAUUUGCAAAUGACAAACAGGACAAGGCUGAUUCUACUGUUUAAAAGAAGUGUCUUUAAAGAGGUUUAUUUAUUAAAGAAUAAUUCUAUUGUGAUCUAAAAUAGAGACAAUUAUGUGUAUUCUAAACACUGAUUUGACAUACAAUGCUGCGCCCAUUAAUUUAGUCAUCACCAUGUUUUUCAUAGGGGAUUUUGAUUCUCUGAGGGACUAUUCAGAUAUUUUGUAAGAAUUAUGUUUCACAUGGGGUUUUUAUGGUGAAUUCUAGUGGUGAGAUUCGGUCUGUUUUGUCUCUUUCUGUUAUUUCAUGAGCUCUUACAACUGGUAAUGACAGGGAAUGCAGUAUUAGAGGUAGAUUUAUAUUAAAUCUUUUAUUUUCCAUGUAUCAUCUUGUUCUAUAUUUACAAACAGAAUCAUUCUGUGAAGAUUGCUUGUAAAAACAAAACAAAAAAAACCACAUUCCCAUGAUCUUUUAAACAAUUCUAGAUCCAGAAUUUGUAGCUCAAAUACUAAAUAAGAUUAUGAAUAAACUAUUGUUCGUUUUCAGUACCUUCAAAUAUCUAAAUGAUUUUGAAAUCAGAGUUUGACAAUGUAUGCAGUAUUCUGUAAUGCAUUAACCCAAAGCUGAGAGAACCAGCUGUUGGAAUAUGACAGUUCAAAUUUAAUUAAUAAAGUAGCUAGAUUAUCUUUUUUUCAUUUUGUUUCAGAUGCCAGAUUAUGCAAACAGUCAUUCUAAGUCUUAGGAAAUGCCUUGGGGAAGAAAAUGGUGUGAACCAAAUUAUAAUUCCCUCUAAACGCCGACUCAGUGCUUAAUUCUGAGGGAGACGUCAACAAAUUAAAUAGGCCCCAUACAAACGUAGUAAAGAUUAUUCCUUUGAAAAAUCUGAGGUGGUUUAAUCUGUGAUACAAUCACAUGUGGAUGACAAGAUUAUCCAUGUAUCCUCCCUCUCAUGCUUAAUGCUGCUACUGUCCAUAACUACUGCCAAGAUGCAGCAAACCAUUUGAAUGAUGAAUUUUAUUGAAAGCUUAACAUUUUUGUCUGUGAGUAUUUUCUCAAAGCUUUUCACCUUUUAUUCGUUAUGACUUAGUGAGAAUACAUUUAUACUGUAUGAGAGGAGGGUGCCAAUGACUGUUGUUACCAGAGUUAACCUGCCUGAGAUAUAAUUUAAGCAAAGUUUGGCAGUUAACUGUCAAUCAUUGUCCAACUAGUAUAUUCCAGAUGGCAGCAUCACUUCCAAUCAGAUUGCACUUGCCAACUAAUCAACACUUGGUUCUCAUGCAGUACAAAUGUUGUUUUCCCUUUAUAUUGAUACUCUUGUGAAUUGUCCUGAUAAGUCAAAGAUGAAAAGUUUUGCAAUUGUGUGUCCUUUUCUUCUAAAUUAUUCAAGUUCUAUCCUUCCAAAAGACCACUUGUAUUUCUGUCUAUCUUGAUGGACUACAAUAUUCUAAUUGCUCUGGUCUGUAUUUGUCCAUUUCCUUGCAUAACAUUUUUCCAAGAAAAAAUCUGAUGCCAAUUGCAUUUUUCAUAAUUUAUUAAGUCCUCUUGGAUACAUAUGUUCAAUGUGGUGAAAACAUUACCUCUGAAUUCUCCUCAAAGUCAAAUGCCACCCUGUCACCUGGACAUAUAUUGCCAUAUAUUAUUACUAAUUGGCCAAAGUUCUGGAAUUGACUACCUCACAGAAGCAUGGGAAUACAGUCAGGAACGGGACUGUACUCCUUCAAAGACCAAAUCUCACCCCCCCCCCCCACCCCGCCACAACAUCCACAAAACUAGAGAUGGCCCAAUCUCCAACAAAAUAAUGGAAAAACAAUUAAUUUACCCUCAUUUAUGGCUAUAAAAAUAAUAGCCGUGAACUCCAGAACAUUUUAGAAAUUAUACAUUGCAUCUGUUGUAGUUGGUGUAAGAAAAAAAUCUAAGAGAAUUUUUUUGUCAUCAUCUGUUAAUAUAAAUGAAGGUAAUCACCUUUCUAUUUUCCCCCAAUGUAAUGUGAGGUAAAUAUAAUAAAGGAGUAAAAGAAUGGGUUGACAGAUUUCAAAUCCAAGAAUUCCUCAUUCACUGGCUUUCAUUGAAAGAACAGGAAAGUCAUCGUAAUGAAAAAGGAUGAUGGCUGUUCCAAAGACUUUCUAUGUAGUCAAGAUUACACAAUUCAGCUCUAAAUUACACCAACAAAGAGAUUUUUUGCCCUUUGCAAGACACUAAAACCUAUUUCCUCGGUAAUUAGAAUGAAAGUAGAAGAAAGAGGAUAAGAUCAUUUUACUUCUGUUAUCUUUUCCAUAAGAGCAAGCGUCUGUCCUUAAUGGAAUAAAAUUACAGCAUUUUCUUUUAUGGAUGAAGUUUGCGAAGCAUUUACUGUGACCAACUUUACAUUAAGAGUGAGAUCCCCAUUUUAAGAAAGAGUUCAGGCUGAGGGCCACAGAACUGAGUGAUCUUCCAUUAACAGAUGUUAUCAUAGAUUGACAAAUCACUCUGUUAUUCUGACCAGUUAAGCUUCAAAGUCGCUACUUUAAUGGGUUUUUUUGUGAUUGCAAUGCCCCUUUGAGCAUCUUGGUGUUAUUUUUAAACUAAAAAUGCAUUCAUAUUGGACAUGGGCACAACCAUUCAUCUUUUAACUUCGUUCCUCUUGCCUAGUUAUAUUCUGUGUGGGAUCUCAAAAAGCUGACAGAGUAGCAGGCUAUGAUCAUCGUUGAACACAUAUCUUUGAUGAAAUGUGUUGGGUUUUUUUUAUUGGAUUUUUACAGGCAGCCCUUAUGAAUAUCAUUUGGUAGUUAAUUUCAAUAUUUGAACAAGGCAGAGAACUUGUUUGCCUACAUUAAGAAUCACAGCACUGGCAGAACAGAGUUGCAGAUAUUGGGAGGGCAAAGGAUAGUGCUAUGUACAAAAGGCAAACAGGUUAUACAAUGCAGGGGGUCACACCCAAGGUCAAGUUCAAUAAAAGCUCACAACCCGACAGAAUCCCUUUAGAGAAACAUAGUAUUAAAGCUGAGAGUUAGAAUUUAUAUUCCCUGAAAUCUGACACUCUGCUUCCUAUAAAAUGUGAUUUAGGUCAAAAAUCUAAUGACACAUUGGUAUAAAAUACUGGUCGGCUUUCUUGUCCAGAAAUAAAUCCUUUCAGAAGCAAUUGAAUUUAGAUGGCUGGCACCCAAAUGCAUACAAUCCUCACAUUUGAAUGACGAGGGAAACUAAGAAAGAGACAAAGAAAACCAUGUGCCUCAGGCUGGUCCUGUGACAUCUGUUGAAGCAACAUACUCCCACUUGUUUGCUCCAAUUUGCAUUACUGAGGCAUGUGAAACCUAGUACAAAAAUGUAACCAAGCAACUUCCCCAUGGUAACAGUGCCCUUCAACAAUUUUUUUCUCUGGGAUUACAGCAAUUUAUUAAAAGAUUUUGGUGGAUACCUCAAGCUGAGCAACAUGAUUAAUUGGCUCAGAAUGCAGUCAAUAUCAUCAAGUACAAAUAUAAACAGCAGAAUGAAGGACUGCAGAGGAAUCCUUAGAACAUAUUGCUCUGCAACACAAAUAAAAUAUAACAGUGUCAAGUAUGUUUACAAAAUAUUAAAGCACAUGUUUGUUGAUGGUAUUUUAAAGUUCCAAACAGUUUUCCGGAAAGGCUGUGGAUGGUCUGGCUGCUUGAUUAAAGGAAAUGAUUUCUUUUUUGUCUUAAUAUAUCUACCGAUUGUCCUAUUCUGUUAUCUAGAAAAUGGGCCUGAUCAUUAACGAAAUUGGUAUGUUUUAAUCUGUUAUAAAUUAGCUUCCCUGUGUUAUUUACAGUUUUAUACAGCCAACAUUCUGAUGCCAGGUUCAUUGGAGUCCAGAGAAGCGUGGUUGUUGCUGAUCAGCAUAUUGGAAUUUGGUUGGUUGUCAAAGCUCACUCUAUGAUGAAACAAACUCAGAAUCUCAAAGUGUUUUCCAUGGUUCCAGUCGGGACAAUCAGAAAGCUUGCCAGAAGCUUAACAUGUAUGUGUGUGAGACUGAACUGUACAAGUGUAAUCGUGAACUUUCUUCAGUAUUUUGUUUUUGAGGAAGUUAAUUUUUGGCACUUCCCAUUUACUGCAAUAUGGAUUUAUCGGAAUAAAGUCUUUUCAUCAAGUGGGGUCAAAAGUUGAAAGUUAUCGAAAAUUCU